UGUUAUUUGAAAGAGUUGUUUAGCCCAACAAAAUGAAGACAAUUUCUGGCAAUUUACUGUUAAUUACCAUCUAAAUUCGAGCGAAAAUUAGGGAUUAAUAUUUCUAUUGCACAAUAGAUGACACUGUGUGUAUGACUUUGGAUUGUUUUUUCUUAAAUUAUCCGACAGAUGUAAGUGUAAAAUUUGAUGAUUAAUUUGCCAUGAUUAUUUUAUGUGGUGCGAUAAGAAAUUGUAAUGGUGUCAAAAAACAUUUGUGAUUUAAACGAUGAGAAAAUUAUGAUUUGUUUUAAUAUCAAGAGACUGGAAUCAAAGUAUAUAGAAAUAUUGUUAUUAUUGAAUUCUUGACCAGUAAAAUGAGUUGAAAUGAAGAAAGUUUAUAACUCUACAGAUAUCCACCAAAAUCAGGGCCAAGAGCUGUCUAAAAAAUUAUAUAGAUCUAUAAGUGAACAAGCUAAACGCUUAGACGAUGCCAGAAGUUGUGCCCGAAACAUUGGAGAAUUAUUUUCCCCCGCAUUAUGUUUACAGCGAAGAAAAUUUUGUGAUUAUUGCGAACGGCUGAUUUUUUCCGAUCCCGUAUUGUAUGGUAAAAAGAGCGAAGAGCUGCUGUGGCGUAAAAGCUUUUACGAUGUGGUGUCAAGUGCUAAAAAGCUAAAGAAAAAUGAGUACUCUGCAGAAGAAAUAUCGAAUUUGCAGGGUCAUAUUAAUAGCGGAAUUGGUUAUUACCAUCAUUUUCUUUCUCGAAUACAAAACGAGUACAAUUUGAACUUAAAUAACAUUAUUGAUUUUUCGUUCGAGCUGGAUUUAAAAAAGGAUGUUUCAUAUUUGAGUCCUAAAUCAAUUGAGUGGGCUCAGUUAGCCGUCCAUCAGUGUUUAAUUUAUUUGGGCGAUUUGAGCAGGUACAAGUUGGAUAUAUAUCCGAAUUGGGAGCCCACUUUGGCCAAUCGGUACUAUUUACAAGCUAUUUUAUACAAACCUGAACAUGGAAUGCCCCAUAAUCAAAUGGGGACGUUAUCUAUGGGCCAAAAUAAAUUUUUAGACGCCGUUUACCAUUACAUUCGUUGUCUGGGUUGCAAAUACUCUUUUGAAGGAACCAGCAAUAAUUUGCACAGUUUGUUUGAGAAGAAUUCCAAGUUCGUAGAACAAAUCCCCGACGAAAAUGAGGAUACUGAUUGUAUUAUCGAACCUAGCAAGACUGAAAGUAUUAAACGUUUUAUCGCCAGAUUUUUGUUGCUCAUUGAUAUUUGGUAUUUUAAUAAGAAAGUGACGAAACUUUACAACUUAUGUCACCAAACAUUCAAAAACUUGGAGGAAUGUUUGUCAUAUCCGAGACCCACUAGUGCUGACAGCGAAGAAAGUCCAACCGAUUCCAACGACACAGAUUCUACCUCGACCUCAACAUACUUAAGCAGCGACAUUCUUUUUAAAAUCGUCGUUAUUUGUCUACUGUGCGUAUCGAAGUUAAAAUCUAGCAAUUCGCAACAUCUGUCCACCGUCGUUGCCUUCACUUUGGCUGUGUAUUCUCAGAUAAUACAGAACAUAACCUCUCACAUGCAAGAGAGCAUUUUAAACUACCCUCUGAGCGAAGAGGUGCAAACUAGUCAAAAUGGAAUUAUUAAGGAUUUGGUAUUGGGCGGCAAAAAGUCCAAAAAUCUUUUGAGAAGGAGGAAAAUCGUGAAAGUGAAUAGCGAUGAUGAAUCCGAACAAGAGGACAGCAAUAGUGUAGAUGAUUAUAGUAGUUCUGACGAUUCCUUUAUUUCUGAGAAUGAGGAUAUUUUGGCAAAUUCCAGCGAUGAGGAAGGAGCAAUUACAAAGGAAAUUGGAAAAAUAAAAGAAGUGGAAAUAAAGGAAACAUCUGCUUUGGACGAAAACACUUUGAAAAAAAAGUCUGAAUCGAACGAGGAGUUGCUGAAAAAAGUUCAAAGGAUGGACGUGAACGACAUGCUGGAAAUAAUCGGCGAAGAAUCGAAUUUGCAAAGCAUAAAACUGCUGAACGACUGGUUGAAAUUGGAUCAGGACACGUUGAAAUCCUGCGGAGCGAACACGGGAAGUUUCCUGCGACAAAUCGCGCAACUCCUCAAUUUGAUCAACAUCAAUUUGCACGACCCGAAGAUAUCUGGAACGAGCGUGAAAGUGUCGGAAAUAAUAGCGAAGGAGAAUAGGAUCCCGCUGGCCGAGGACGCGGCCCUAAAGGGCCUCAACAUUUUGGGCGGCGUUCAGUGCGACCUCGAUUGGAAUUAUUUGCAUAAAAAGAGUUUCACGCCCAAAGACGAGACUGUGAUACGGAUUAUCAAGUUGAUAUCGUUCGGAAAACUUUUACUUACCAUCGAGGAAACGGGCGUUACGUUCAACGAAACCAAAAACAUGUUUGUUUGCGCUGUCGACGAUAAGGAAGAUAUUAAACUUCCAGAUGCUAUCAUUAAAGAAUUGGAACUAAACGAUUCGGAAGGUGCUCAAACGAUCAACGGUCACCUCAACGUUGAUGACAAUAGCGCCACCUGCCAGGAAUCGAAGAGCAACGGGCAGUUGAUGAAGAUGAAGCACAUGGGUCAGCUGUGGCUGGCCGCGGAGGUGAAGGCGCUAGAGAACCGCGUUCGAGGCAAAACGGCGCUGUCUCCCUAUCUGGUGCUGGACGCGGACUCGCUCAUCAAGUUCACCUACAUGGUCAAGCAUCUGGUGCACUCGAGGAAGUUCAUCGUCCUGGUGCCCACUGCAGUUGUGUCUGCAUUGGACGACUUAAAAAGCGAAAAACUCGAGGCGAGGGAUGCGAUUCGUUGGCUGGAGUCUCAGUUUCAACAGGGAAACCGAUUUUUCCGGGCGCAGAGGCCGCACGAAAAGGCGCCCAUCCCGUUCGUGAAAUAUCCGAAGAAAAGGGACAAAGAAAUGCACAUCUACAUACAAAUCAUAGAAUGCUGCAACUACCUUGCAGAGCAGCAAAAAGACGCGCCGAAUCUGGUGACCCUGUUGAUCGGCAAUCAGAACGUGGUUUUCAACGGGGAGAACAGGGAGUUUAGCUAUUUGGGGUUGGCUCAAUCGGUGGGGAUCACCAUCGAGUCCAUUGCGCAGUUUUAUGGUAAAUGGAAGAAAACCAAGAUCAGGUGAAGGAAUUGCGACGAGCUGUUUGGACUAAUUGCUCAGGGCGAGAUAUCGACCUAUAUGCCAAUACUUUUGUUUUUGUUACUUUUUAGAUGGUCUCUAGUUUUAUAUAAGGGAUUGAUAUAUUUUUGGGCAUAACUUUGUUCAUAAUGGUUAAUUUGUUUUUAGCAAUAAAAUUAUGUUUUUAAUCUGA